GACUGCUGCCACACAAGUACGAAACCACAGUCUUUUUCCGGCAGAGCAAGAACAUGCAAGAGAGAAUACGUGGUUUGGAGAUCCUGGGUCUUGAAGGCUGGGGUUGGGCCACGAUACCUGCAGGGCGCUAGAGCCAAUCAUUCCUUGGGCCCGCUGGGAUGGGUUCGGGGCUGCAAGCUCCACUAAAAUUUUCUACAAUCGCAAUCGCAAGUGACCCUGGAGAAUGCUGCACCGGCUUUCCUACCUACAAUCAAGACUCUCAUCCGCGACAACUGCCUCCUGUGUAUAUCGAUCUGGGUGCUGCCUACUGCAGUGUAUCUCGUCACAAUCUCCAGAGCGCACAACUCCCCCCCAGAUAGCAAGCGAACAACCACUCUUUGACAGGUGAUUGACCUCAGCGGUCUCGCCAAACACCAUGGGCUCAGACUCCAUCGUCAAGCGGGCGCCCAACAAGGUCCGCCGCCAGGAGCUUCACGUCAGACACAAGAGACAGAAUGAAAAGGACAAGCGCGAGGCCCGCUUCCGGCGGAAGAAGGAGGAGGCCAGGGAUCCUGAGCUCCGCCGAGCUCGUGUCGCCAAGAACGUACCGGCUUCAAUCGACAAGAAGCGAGUCUGGGACGAUGUCGACGACGACAGCCUCGGAGCCAAUGUCGACAUGGCACAGCUCAUGAAGAAGCGGCGGCUACAACAAGAGGAGGCCGAGGAGCGGGCGGCUGCAGGUCUCGGAGAAGAGGACGACGAGGCUGAGGCCCAAGAUGACGAGGACGAGGAGAAUGAUAGCAUGCUGGGCUCAGAUGAGGACGACGACGACGGCGAAGAGGAUGAGGAGCUCGCCGCCAAAGUACGAGCGAAGCAAGCAAUGCGGGAAGAUAGCACCGCCGCGUCGACGACAUCCACCAACCUCGACAUCACACCCGACGCGCUCGUCGCCCGUUUCCCGACGCUCUUCUCAGACGACCGGCCCGCCGAGCCCAAGAUUCUUGUCACCACAAACCUCAACUCGACUCUCCACGACGAGGCCCAUCUCUUGUGCACAUUGUUCCCGAAUUCACAGUACAUUCCCAGGUCGGCGCACAAGUACGCCCACAAGUACUCUGUCCGGGAAAUCAGCAAGUUCGCCAGCAACAGAGGCUACACUGCGGUCAUCGUGCUGCGCGAGGACCAGAAGAAGCCAAUUGGCUUGGACAUAAUACAUCUGCCUGCUGGCCCGACCCUCCAACUUAGCAUCAACACGUGGAUUCCCGGCAAGAAGCUGCCAGGACACGGCAACCCCACCAACCACUAUCCCGAACUCCUCCUGAACAACUUCCGCACGCCACUCGGUGUGCUGACCGCCAAGUCCUUCCAGAACCUCUGGCCGCACAACCCGGAGUUCCAGGGCCGGCAGGUCGUCACCCUGCACAACCAGCGCGACUACAUCUUCCUCCGGCGGCACCGCUACGUGUUCCGCGACAAGCGGGCGACCGAGAAGAGCGUCGUCGGCGCCGACGGCAAGGAGCUCAAGGGCGUCGAGGACAUCCGCGCAGGGCUGCAGGAGCUGGGGCCCCGCGCCACGCUGAAGCUGCGCCGGAUCUACAAGGGCAUCGGGCGCGCGGGCAGCGAGGGCGAGGACGCCGUGCAGUGGGAGUGGAAGGCCAAGAUGGAGAAGGUCCGCACGAGAUUCAACUUGUAGACAAAGAGAGAGAGAGAGAGAAAGACACACCCACACACAUUCCUGGCCCUGCUGGCCUUCGGACUCUCCACUGCUCAGACC